AUGUCUCCUUUUGUGAUAGUCUUCCUCGCUUGUUUGGCGGCUUGUGCGCAGGCAGCGUCAGUGUCAAUGUUUGACCUCGAAGACGCCGAGGAACAUUUUGAGCGCUUCAUCCAAGACUUCAACAAACAAUACACAAGCGAGGAAGAGAAGCAAGCCAGGUUUGCAAUUUUCAGAGAAAACUUGAAAAAAGCAAACAUUUUAAAUGCACAAAGCGAACAUACUAGGUUUGGAGCCAUUGAGAGCCAGUAUGCCUUGAAGAAUGGUAAGCUUGCAGAAUUUUCUGAACAACAAACAGUAGAUUGUGAUAAAGGAUCCGGCGGGUGUGGAGGUGGUUUAAUGACUUCUGCGUUCAGUACCAUAAUGGAAAUGGGCGGUUUGGAGUCAGAAUCCGACUACCCUUAUAUUGCAAAAUCACAGUCUUGCCAAUUCGACGCUGGCAAGGUCGCGGUCAAACUGUCUGGAUGCACCAAUUACAAACUCAAGUCACAGGAAAGGCUUAAGGAACUAGUUGCCACCGUUGGACCGAUCGCUAUUGCUGUGAAAGCAUCAAACUUCCAAGGGUAUCAUGGCGGCGUGAUGAAAGAUGACUUAUGCAAUUACGGCCAAAUUAACCAUGCUAUUCUUUUAGUGGGAUAUGGAACAGAAGAUGGAAAACCGUACUGGCUGGCCAAGAACUCUUGGGAUACAACUUUUGGUGAAGAUGGCUACAUCAAGUUCCCACGUGGGGAUAAUUAUGACUCGUGUGGGGUCAUGAACGACUUUAUGGCGUCACCUAUACUGGCAUAA